UCUCUCUUCCAAGACCUGCUUCACUCCACGCCUGAUCUCAGCCUCAACAUGUCACUGAACUCAUAUUUACUGCUAGCAGCUAUUGCAGUCUGCUGCUUCACAACCCUCAUGGCAUUCCCAAUGGAUGGCUUUGCUACCAACAAGAAAUGUCAGUGUCUGGCCACCACCUCAGACGUGAUCCCACCUCGACUCUUCCAGAAGAUUGAGAUCCUGCCUCCAGGAGCACACUGUCGCAAAAUCGAGAUCUUGAUUACCAAAAAGGACAACAAAACAGUUUGCAUAAACCCAGAAGCACAAUGGAUCAACAAUCUCAUCUCAAAAGUAAUGAGAAGCAAAAGAGCUGUAAAGGAAACUGCUGUGCGCGCCGCGGCAUAAAGUAAUGUGGUCAAGAACAACCACAAGAAAGAUAUUUUCCAUUUUCUCAAUCAUUCCUUUUGUUCAAACCACUAACUCUAGCGUGCUGAAUGCUAUACAGCCACACAUUUAUAUGUUGUUAUCGUAGGCUGCCAAAAAAUGCUGUAAUUAUUAUUUUGAAAUAAAAAUCUCACAACCUU